CAAAAUUCUAAUGUCAAAUACACAUGGUCAAAGCACCUAGUGUUGAGUAAAUAAUUUAAUAUAUUUUUAAUAAUUAAUUCGUAGUUUACAAAUAUGAAUUGUCCUAAAUGAAUAAAAACGACAUAAUAUUAAAGUAAACAAUGUUUUAAAGUUUAAAAUAUUACUUAUUUAUCGCAUUAUUUAAAGUAUUUUAAUAAAUAUGAGUGACGCAGCAGGAACAAGUAAAAAAGCCCUUAUGACCGAUGAGGAAAGGCUAGCACUAUGUCAGAAGCUGGACAAAGAACUUGAUGAAUUUAUAGAUAGUUUAGAAAAGAAGGGCUAUGAUGAUGGCUGGCCAGAAGACCGCUGGGAGGAGGAAAUGGACAAACAUCCCUUUUUCAUGAAGUCAGUUCCUGAAAAUGGUGAACUUUCUCCCCUUGCGGAAGGACUGGCUAAACUCAAGUAUGAUCCAGACGAGAAUACCCCUCUAGAACUAGCAAAUAAUUACAAGGAAGAUGGAAAUUUUAACUUUAAACACAAAAACUAUAGAUUGGCUGUUUUAGGGUAUACAGAAGGAAUCAAGGUUCGGUGUGAUGAUGCCGAAGUAAAUGCAAGUUUAUAUAACAACAGAGCUGCCGCACAUUGGUUCCUAAGGAACUAUAGAUCAGCAUUACAAGAUAGCGAGAAAGCCCUAACAUUUGACCCAAGUCAUACAAAAGCACGCAUAAGAGCUGCGAAGUCAGCUUUUGAAGGUAAAAAAUAUGAUAAAUGCAUCGAACAUUGUGAAAAAUAUCUAGAAAAAAAUACAGACAAAGGGGUUACUGAACUUCUCAAUAAGGCGAAAAAAAGUAAAAUGUUAAAGGAAAGAGAUGAAAGGAAGAAAAAUAGGACUGAAAUGAAAAUGAAUGAACAAAAGGAUGAACUUAUCAAGACAAUCAUAGAAAGAGGUAUUAAAAUAUCAAAAUGUGAUGAUGAAGAUGACAUUGAUUUAUCAAAAUUGGAACCAACAUUACCAGGAGCUCAUGACGCAAUAGUGCAUUUAGAAAACGGGGUUUUAAUGUGGCCUAUAUUGCUGCUAUAUCCGGAAUACCAAUUAACGGACUUUGUAAAAGGUUGUCCAGAAAAUGCACCGCUUAUUAAGCAAUUGGAACAAUUAUUUCCAGCUCCAUGGGACGAGGAAAAUAAAUACAAAUGUAGUACGAUAAAUAUUUAUUUUGAAGGUUACGAUAAAAUGCCCCAUAUCGUCGAUCCAAAUAAGAAUUUAGGUCACAUUUUAGUUUCAAAAUAUUUCGAGCUAAGAGGCGGUACUGCAGCGUUUUUUGUUUUACCCCGUGGUAGUCGUGUUGAAAGAAAUUAUAUUGAAAGUUAUAUAUAAAAAUGUUAUUAUAAACAUGUUCUAUACUUGUAUAUGUUAAAACCAAUUUUUUUUUUCAAAGUAUCAUAUAUGCCCUCAAUAAAUGAAUAGAACAAAUAACAUCACCUAAACACAAUAUGAAUUUUUGCAAUAUACUGAAAUGUCAUGGAUGUGAUAUUUAUAUCUUAAUAUAUUUAAAAAUAAAUAAGUUAUAAAAAGUA